CAAACAAAAGAACUAGCGUAAGGCAAAAGAAAGGCCACGCUCUCUGCAAUGGCGAUAAAAAGCACCUCCUUGACCAUUUGCCUCCUAUUUUCUUUGGCCACCAUUGCCACUGCUUACUACUCUCCCUCAUCUCCUCCGGUUCACCAAUCACCAGCUUACACCCACAAGCCUACACUCCCACCUCCAGUUUACACUCCACCAGUUUACAAGCCAACCCUUCCCCCUCCGGUCUACACUAACACUAAACCAACUCUUCCACCUCCCGUUUACACUCCACCGAUUUACAAGCCAACUCUCCCUCCUCCCGUCUACAAAAAGUCUCCAACCUAUUCUCCUCCUUCAUAUGUCCCAAAACCAACUUAUUCUCCACCCACCAAGCCAUACGUCCCAAAACCAACAUACACUCCACCCACCAAGCCAUAUGUCCCAAAACCAACAACCUACACUUCUCCCACCAAGCCAUAUGUCCCAAAGCCAACCUACACUCCUCCCACCAAGCCAUAUGUUCCAGAGAUUCUUAAAGUUAUUGAUGGCAUCAUUCUUUGCAAAAACGGUUAUGAAACCUACCCAAUUCAAGGAGCCAAGGCAAAGAUCGUGUGCUCUGAGCCAGGAUCAUACGGGAAGAAGGACGUUGUGAUCUACAGCGAUCCAACUGACUCUAAGGGAUACUUCCACGUGGCGUUGACCGACAUCAUCAAGAACCUACUUCACUGUCGUGUCAAGCUCUACACAUCUCCAGUUGAGACUUGUAAGAGCAGGUACAAUGGUGUACCUCUGAACUCGAUGACCUAGAUAGAUUUUUAAAAUUAUUUUAAUUUUUUUUUAGUA